ACAAUUGCAAUAUUUCUAAGGCUCGAAUCAUGCUCUUGGCUUUUCCAUGCUUCCUCGACUGCGUCCAACUUCUCCUCUUCCUCUUUGCCGUUACCUCAUUUCUCCAUUCAAACAUCCCAGCCAAAUCAAUGGCGCUCUCUGCUUCAAGUUCUUUCGGGCCACUUGCUAAGGUGGAACUGUCAACCUUAAACUUACCUAAUCACUCAACCUGCAAAUACAUCGGGCCACCAGAUUUGCGCAUGAUGAGGAGAAGAUGCACAGGGCCUCAGUCACUACAUUAUGAAGGUUUUAGGAUGCAAUCACGGAAUCUUGUAAAGCCAGUGAGUCUUCUUUCUGGACCAUCAGCUGAAGCUAUGAGUACUUCUGAUGAUGGUUCAAAAGAAGACCCAAAAGGAAAAUCAAGUCCAAUUGUUCCAAAUUCGUUGGAGGUGCAGUCCUUGGUUAAAGAGAUUUGUGAGACAACCUCCAUUGCAGAAUUCGAACUCAAACUUGACGGCUUUCGAUUAUACGUGGCAAGAGAUAUCAAUGGAAAGGACAUGCCUCCACCCACUUCUCCAAGCUCUCCUAUUCACACUACUACUAAUGUUGCUGAGGAAACCCUUGAUUCAAAUGGGUCUGCUAGCCCUCCUCCGACCAUUUCUAAACCUGAACCUCCUCUAACUAGGAUUCAGAGACUUUUAGAGGCAGCUGCUGAUGAGGGCUUGGUGAUAAUUAACUCCCCAAAGGUCGGUUAUUUUAGAAGAGCUCGUACUGUAAAAGGAAAACGUGGUCCUGCAGCAUGCAAAGAGAAACAAAUUGUAAAGGAAGGACAGGUGAUUUGCUAUGUGGAGCAACUGGGUGGCGAGGUUCCAGUUGAGUCUGAUGUGGCAGGGGAGGUCAUAAAAAUACUGAGAGAAGAUGGUGAACCAGUAGGCUAUGGUGACCCACUUAUUGCUAUUCUUCCUUCGUUUCCUGGGAUAAAAAAGCUCCAGUAGUUACUUUGGCCCUGAAGUUUGGAUGCCCCAUAUAUGCCACUUUUGGCAUGUCUUUUGGCUACCAUUUAUUUAUUGAGUGUUCCUAUACUUUUCAUGUAAUAGAUGAUAAUCUUGGAUCCUAGAAAUGCAUAGAUCAUUUAUUUGCCCAAAUUGAGCUAAGGGUUUGUUCCUUGUUUC